AUGAAGCAAAGGUUCUCGGCGCUAGACGUGUCUGCAGCUGUUGCGGAUUUGGCCCCCCUUCUGGGCUCAAGGCUGCAGAAUGUUUACGAUAUCAAUUCCAGGACGUAUCUCUUCAAGUUCUCUGUCAAAGCUACAGAUUCCAAGGAGCUUUUGCUCAUAGAGAGUGGUAUACGAAUGCACACGACCGAGUUUAAACGGGAAAAGAACAUGUUCCCGUCCGCCUUUUGCAUGAAGCUUCGGAAGCACAUUCAAUCAAAACGAAUCAAGGACAUCAAGCAAACUCGUGCUGAUAGGAUCGUGGAUAUGACGUUUGGAGAAGGAGAGGCUGCUUAUCACGUCAUGCUAGAGUUUUAUUCAGGUGGAAACAUACUACUAUGUGACCACGAGUACAAAAUAUUAUCAUUAUUACGAUCAGUCGAAGUCGAUGCAACCACCGAAUUGAGUGAAAAGCCUGAUACGGCUCGAUUCGCAGUAGGAGCUACAUACCGUCUAGAUCUCGCAACGGACUUCCAUCCUGCUACUGAAACCCGUCUACGACAAGUAUUAGCUGGCCCUGCACCAGAACGAGACGAAACACAAUCAUCCACAUUACCUUCUGAACCUUUUAUGGAACCAGCAGUCACUACGACACGGAAUAAGAAAAUCGUGUCUGCUGCAUUAAAGCAGAAAAAGAAGAAAAAGGACACUACAUUGAAGAAGGUCAUUAGAGAUGGAUUUGGAAGUGAUUAUGGUUCUGCAGUCACAGACCAUAUCCUAUUCAAGUCAAGGUUAGAUGGAAGUUUAAAGGUGCCUGAGGACAUUGAUCAUUCAGAAGCAUCGCCCCAAAUUCAAGCUCUAAUGACAGCUUUUGGAGAUGCCGAUAAAAUCGUAAAGGCCUGCUUCGAUACACCUCAGAAAGGAUAUAUAAUAUUACAGCAACCAAAUUCUGACUCGCCUCAACAACAACAAACUAGUAGCGCCAUUUACGACGAAUUCCAUCCGUACCUCUUUGCCCAAUUCGAAAAUCGACAGUAUAUUGAAUUCCAGUCUUUUAAUCUCGCCCUCGAUACGUACUUCUCAAAGAUUGAGGCUCAAAAGCUUGAAGCAAAGACUCGUCAAGCCGAAAUUAAUGCCCAGAAGAGAAUUGAAAUAGUUAAAGCUGGCCAUGAGUCGCAGAUAAAAGGACUAGCUUCUCAGCAAGAAGAAAACCAAAAGAUUGCUCGGGCAAUUGAAAUCAAUAUGGUAGAUAUAGAUAGCUUGCUUCAAACUCUCAGGUCGUUGAUUGCUUCUGGCAUGGACUGGAAAGAUUUAGAUAAACUCGUCAAGGAUGAAAAGAAGAAGGGCAAUAAAAUAGCUGGUAUGAUUACAGGUCUCAAGAUGGAGGUUGGAAUGGUAUCUAUAUCUCUUCGAGAUCCUGACGAUGAAGAAGGAGAGGACGAAGAUCAGAGCGAUGAAGCUAGUGAUGAAGCGGGCUCUGCAGACUCUGAUGAAUCAGAUCUAGAGAGCACGUCACAAGCUACCCCUGUAAAGUCUAGUAGCAAACCGUCAACUUCUCGACCGCCGCUAGCCGCAGAUAUCUACAUUUACGCGUCAGCAUUUGCCAAUGCUAGACGGUACUAUGGUGCUAAAAAGAUUGCUGUUGUCAAGCAAGAAAAGACGCAGGAAGCAGCUGAAAAGGCCGUCAAGUCAGCUGAACGUAAAAUCCUUCAUGAGUUGAAGACAACUCAAAAGCAGGUGCCUACAAUCACAAAAGUUCGUAAACCAUUUUGGUUUGAAAAGUUUUUGUGGUUUAUAUCCUCUGAAAACUUUCUGGUUGUUGGUGGUCGUGACGCCCAACAAAAUGAGAUCCUUGUGAAGAAACAUCUGAGAAAAGGAGAUGUGUACAUUCACGCUGAUUUGAACGGUGCUUCUUCCGUCAUUGUGAAGAACUCUGAACCAAAUGCGUCUCCUCCAGCAGGAGUGUCGUUUGAAGAGUGGUCACCUAUUCCUCCGGAUACCCUACUUCAAGCUGCAACCAUGAGUGUUUGCCAGUCCAAUGCCUGGACUGCGAAAAUCAUCACUAGCGCAUAUUUUGUACAUCCUCAUCAGGUGUCAAAGUCAGCACCAACGGGAGAAUAUCUUAAUACCGGGUCUUUUAUGAUCAGAGGAAAGAAACAUUGGCUGCCACCUGUACAAUUAAUUUUUGGAUAUGGGCUGCUCUUUAGGGUAUCAGACGAAGAUAUAGGUCGACACUAUUUCGAACGCAGGCCAUGGGGUCGUAAUGGAGAACAACCACUUCCAGCAGGAGUAGCCGAAUCUUCCACGAUACCCUCUAGACUACAAAGCUCUGAGAGUCUCAUGUCUCCUCCUGGAUCUGUAGCCAACUUUGCUGAUGAUGAAGGUCAUCUUCCAGCAAUUGCGUCUUCGGAUGUAGAAUCAGGAGAUGAUGCUCCUGCCUCUAUGAUGGCUAGUAUCGAUGCAUCGGCUACGUCGCCUGAUAAAGGAAAUGCCGAAGGUGGUUUUGAUGCUUCUGAUGGUGAAAUGGGAGAUUCGGAAGAAGAUGAAGCAGGAGACGUUAGUCAAAUUCACAGAGACAAAAAACAAUCAGACAACGUCUCGAUUGCACCGUCCAAGUCUGGAUAUGAUAAGUAUAAUUUAGAUGAAUUAGAUGACGAAGCUGAUAAUGAACCAUCACCAGCUUUUGCAUCCAUUACAGCUUCUGUAUCGACAGAAGGUAAAUCAAGUCGACCAUCUAUGAGUGCCAAGCAACGCCGAGACUUGAAGAAGAAACGACAACAUCUUGGUGGUGAAAAUGUUGAGAGUAAAUCUAGUAUUAGUAGUACACCAGAACCAUCCACCAAACAACCAUCAACAUCGUCAGGAAAACCACCUCCUGCUCCUCCUCCAGUGCGUGGUAAAAAGGCAAAGCUAAAGAAACAAAAGGCUAAAUAUGGUGGUCAAGAUGAAGAAGAAAAGCAGUUGGCUCUAGAGAUUCUAGGAUCUGCUAAAGGACCACAACCAAAAGGCAAAAAGGAGAAGGAACUAGCAAAGCAGAAGGUGCCUCCAUCUAGUAGUAAUAAUGCUCUUGACCAAAAGGCUUUUGCGGGUAGUAGUGUUAGUAAAUCUUUGGAUCAAACGACUCCUGAUCCCGCCACCAAUUUGACAUCACCUCUUUCAGCCUCGGAAAGGAAGGAGAGUAUUAAACGACCACAACUGAUUGUAGCGGACAAUGAUUCCAUGCAAACGCCGAAGUCUAAGUCUGAAGUAGUCUUACCCAAGGAUGACGACAAUUCAGAUAGUGGAUCUAGCAAUUCUGAUAAUGAAGCUUCAGAAGCAAUAGAACCAGUAGAACAGCAAACCGAUACUCAAGUGCAUGCAGGUGGUGAUGGAGACUCAGUGAUAGCUGUACCUGAAGAAGACGAGCAGGGUGAAGAAGACCUCAGCAUGAACUUUUUAGAUUCUUUGACUGGACAGCCUCAUGAAGAAGAUACAUUACUAUUCGCUAUACCUGUAUGUGCACCAUUUAGUGCCUUAAAUCGAUACAAGUACAAAGUGAAACUUGUACCAGGGUCUCUAAAGAAGGGAAAAGCUGCCAAGCAGGCUCUUGAUGCUUUUAUCAAGGUGGCCACUGCUGUACCAGAGAGAGAUUUGAUGAAGCGUAUCCCUGGACCGGAAUCAAUACAAACGAUGAUGGGCAAAGUGAAACUGAUGGGAAUAGAUGAAGCGAAAUCAUCGGCGAAGAAAGGCAAAGGAAAGAGUUAA